AUAGUAUGGUAGUGAGCUUGCAGUUGGUUACACGUAACAUCCGACCAACGGUACAGUUCCAUUUGCAUUUCAUGCAAGAAAAUCAAAAAAUUGCAACAAAUCUAAUAUAAAUAUAACAAUCAAAUCACCAACAUGAAAAUAAUAGUGAAUACAAAAGUUUUAAUUUAUUGUGCAGUGUCUGGAACUGUGCUUUCGGUAAUGGGAGUACUUCUCGGUUUUAAAAUUUUUCCAAUGCUUGUAGAUAAAAAAGUUUGGGAGAAUUCCAUUUUACAAGAAAAUACUCGUCAGUGGGAACUAUUUAGAAAAAUUCCAUUUCCAUUUCAAAUUAAAGUCUGCUUUUUUGAUGUCCAGAACGUAGAUGAGAUACUGCAAGGUGCAAAACCUGUUGUUAAAGAAGUUGGACCUUAUGUCUACAGAUUAUUUCGCUGGAAAGACGAUAUUGAAUGGAAUGAUGAUGAAAUAUCGUAUUAUGAUUACAUGAAGUUUGAAUUUGAUAAAAAUGCUUCUGGAAAAUUAUCAGAUGAAGAUGUUCUAACAAUUCUUAAUUCCCCUUUUAACGCUCUGCUGAUGACUGUCGAAGAAUUAUCUUCCACCCUCCUGGCCACUGUCAACGAUGCUCUCCCUAUCAUUUUUAACAAAAACAACGGCCUCUUCAUAACAGCAAAAGUGAAAGAUUUGCUGUUCGAAGGAAUGAUCAUUUGCGAAAAUGGGGGCGAAAGCGACUUUGCAGCUAAGAUGAUUUGUAAGCAGUUCAAAGCGAAAGCUAAAGUCGCCAAAGGCAUGUCCAUCGUCAACAAAUCAAUCAAUUAUUCGUACCUCAGUUUUAAAAAUAACACUCAUCUUGGACGUUUAACAAUCAAAAGUGGCUUAAAGGAAAAAGAAGACGUUUCAACUUUGGUAAAAUAUAACAAUGAAAGUCACGUCUCCGUCUGGAGGGAUGAUAAUCCGGUGUGUAAUGAAGUCAAAAGCACGACGACUUUUCGGCCUUAUGUUACGCCAAAUAUGACGUUUGAUGUGUUUUCCGAGGACAUCUGCAGACGUUUAAAAAUGGCAUAUCAGUCCAGAGAAAUGGUGAAAGGGAUACAAGGAUAUAAAUAUGUUGUAACGAAUGAUUCCUUCAAUGCUCCUAAAGUAAACACAGACAAUUAUUGUUACUGUGUUAACCGGAGUAGAACUUUGGAAGGAGAUUUUGGAUGUUUACUAGAUGGACUUUUGGAUAUGACAAAUUGUGUAGGUGCUCCUGUUCUGUUAUCUUUUCCACAUUUGCUCUACGGCGAUAAGAAGUAUUUAGCUUCAGUUGAUGGUCUACAUCCGGAUCCAAAAUUGCACGAAACUUUUGUCAUCCUAGAACCGACCUCCGGAGCUCCGUUGCAAGUAGCUAAAAGAGUUCAAUUUAAUAUGUUCAUUCGUGCUAUUGAAGACAUCACAAGUAUUGAAAAUGUAACAAAUGCACUUGUCCCAAUAUUUUGGUUAGAAGAGUCAAUGACAUUAGAUGACGAAUAUAUCAACAUAAUAAAAAAAACUUUACUCAACAAUUUGAAAAUACUGGAAAUCAUCAAAUGGAGUUUGAUUGGAGUGGGAGGUGUAGUUACUGUAGUUUCAUUACUUCUCUUUGUAAAUAAAAACUAAGUGUAUUAUUUAUUUUCUGUAUUAACAUUGUGUUUUUUUACCGAAAAGUGUUUGCGGAUGUUAACUUUAAAAUCUUAUUUGAAUAAAAUAACCGUUAAGUUA